UUGUAUCCCAUUCGCUACUCGAGAUGAAACCCUUUGCCUGCAUCCUGGUGAUCCUUGCCGCCAUCCUGUCCGUCGGACAGGCCUCCCUGGGCGGUCUUCUUGGCGGCGGCGGCGGUGGCGGUGGAGGCGGCGGCUCCAUUGGCGGCGGCGCUGGCGGCAUUGGACAGCUGCUGCAGAGCAAGCUGGGCGGUCUCGGCGGAGGAUUGGGCGGCGGCCUCGGCGGUCUGAGCGGUGCUCUUGGCGGCAAGCUCGGCGGCGGUGGAGGCGGUGGCGGUGGCGGCGGCGGCUACUCCGGUGGCUACUCCAACGGCGGCGGCUACUCCGGCGGCGGUGGAUACUCCGGCGGUGGCGGAUACGCUGCCCCUGCUCCCAGGCCCGUUGAGAAGGUGGUCAUCGUGAAGGUCAUUAGCGAGGGCUACUCCGGCGCCCAGUCUGGUGGCUACUCUGGUGGCUACUCCGGCGCCCAGUCUGGUGGCUACUCUGGUGGCUACUCCGGUGCUCAGUCUGGUGGCUACUCCGGUGGCGCUCAGUCCAGCGGAUGGAACAAGGGCUGGUAA